AAAUUUGAUUGAUUAGUCUGAUCAGUUAGUUAUUUUCUAUAGGACUCUUGUUUCUUAUCAAAAGUUCUUUAUAAGGUUUUAUAUGAAAUUAAUAUACAAAAUUAAAUUGAACGAAUUUUAAUUAUUUCCGCGACUACACAAAAUGUUAUUCAUUACAGAAAAUAAAAGAUAAAUAGGUUAUAGAUAUGAUCAUAGAUUUAAUUAUAGUUUAAUUCAGCAAAACUGUCAGCAAAAUGAGCAACUGGGCAAGAAGAAUGCACCGACGAGCAGCCACAUUAAGCAAUGUGGUUACGUCUUGUGGGCAUCCUAAUUCUUUGCCAUAUCCAAGAAGGCUAGAAAAAGUGAAGUUUGGUGUUCCUUUGCACGAAGUGUGCAAAGACGAUAUACCUGGGCCAUUGCUUGUGCUGAUAUUAAAGUUGAACAAGGAAGCGCCUCUUCGUCGCGACGUGUUCCGGGCGCCGGGACAUCAGGGUGCUAUGAAAAAGCUAAUACACUUCCUGCAAACGGGCAGACUUGUAAAUGUCGAUAACUAUUCAGUGUACACAAUUGCUAGUGUUCUUAAAAAGUUUUUAAGAAAAAUCCCUGGUGGUGUGUUUGGACGAGAUGGUGAGAUGCAGCUCUUCUCGGCUGUGGAAUUGCCUGAAGAGCAGCAAGUUAAUGAAAUACGCAGAUUGUUGUUGUCGCUGCCAGUUUGCACGCAAAAGUUGUUAGUGCUUCUAUUCGGCACUUUCAGGGUGAUGGCUUCCAAUGCUGAUAAGGCUGGUACAGGUAUGACAUCUGAGGCUCUGGGAGUAUCGGUGGCACCAUCGUUUUUCCACUCUUGCGUAUCGGACGGCAAGACCGCCACAAUGGAGGACGUUCAGCGGUUCAAGGUGGCGACCCGUAUUAUGCGGCAGCUGAUCGAACAGUUCAGCGCCGGCGAUCUAUUCGGCAGAGACAACUACGAGUACUACGCGCGUGUCACGGGACGCAUAUUGCGUGUGAAGGACGAAUGGAUAUGCUCGUUCAGGGACCCGCCGCCGCCUCGACACCACAGAGACCAGGAGGCCUAUGCUAGACAAUUAUCUUUAGAAGCGGAAAAGACCUGGUUGCAGUGUGAAUGUGAUAGAUGGGGAAACAAAUUCAACUUAGAAGGCCUCACAAAGUCGGAGGAGUGCCAGUCGAUGCCGGCGCUGAUGGGCGUGGUGGGGGUGGGCGGCGGCGCGGCGGGGGGUGUUCUCGGGCUCGGCAUCAUCCCCGAGCACAGCCUGCUCGACUCCUGCACGCGACUCUCUAUCUCGCUCGAGGAGAGCGUCUUCAAGGUGUCCGUCAGUUCGUCAUCGCAAUCGUCCCGCAGUAAUUCCAGUCCGCACAUGACACUGGAGGAGCUGCGGGCCAUCAACAAGUAUGCCGAGAGUACCAAGAGUCUCUCCUACUUGCCCCAGGUUGAGCACAUCUGGGUGUUUUGGAGAACACGAGCUUCCAGCUGCACUCUUGUGAUGCACAGACUGCAUCAAAUUGUCGGAUCCGCUGUUGUCCGUACAUCACUUCGUUAUUUAAACUACGAAGGUGGCGAGCGGCGCAGCUCGCGGCGGCGGUCGCGGCGCGCUCGCGUGUGCGCGGGCGUCGGCGUCGGCGGCGCCGCCUGCCGCGCCCUCACGCACUCCGACACUGAGAUCCCGCUCGCUCUCCAGUCUCGUAAAGUGACGCCGCUCGCCUGACACGCCGCCUCCGCCGCCUCCGCCGCCACCCCCGCCACCACCGCCACCGCCCCCGUCGCCCCGCACUCCGCCCGCUGCCCCUGCACGCGGUAACUUCACACAGCAGACUCUAGGCGGUCCAUAUAAAAGAAGUCAUGUCUACGCGUGUUCGCGUUCGGUUGGAUUUACAUUCAUUCGUGUUUAGUAUAUUGGUAUAUGUCACAGUGGAUCUAUGUACAGAUAUAAAGUUUGAAUUCGGAAAGUGGUAAGCGUUGCUUAUAAACAUGAUUAACUCCAAAAAGUUACCUUUCCAUAGACUUUUUUGGUUGGCUUGGUGUCCGCACUGAAACAUUAAUUGAAUUUUAAAAUGUUAUCUGGAAAAUAUUCGGUAUUUUCCAGUUAUUAUCUUCAACAAAAUAAAUAUAAAUUGUAUGUUUAUAUUCUUCAUGUGAAUAGGUAUAUAUUCAAAUAAAAUCAGUACAUUAUUUCCAAAUAGCGUAUUUAGUUUGAUAACGCCGACGUUUGGAUCCAAUGUAUUCAUCUUUUAUAUGCAAAAUAAUGAAAUGUUUGUAUGUUCAACAAACCGCGAGAGGCGAGCGCUAGUACAAUACAUAUGAACGUCUAAAGUCUGCUUUUUCGUAACGAGUACGUUACGAGAAAUUAAAAACACGACCCCUAUAAUGGCACUAGAUUGUAUCUCUUAAAAUUUUACAUUAAUAUACUACUUAUUGGCUAUAAUAUCUACCAUUGAAAUUGUAUUUUGAAACAACAACGACUAUUUGUGUAGGCGUGUGUAGUCUUGUUUUGUCUGUAUUGUAUGAAUGAUUCAGCACCCACUAUUCUAUGUGUUUUUAUUCUAACAAUCAAGUGAAAGUAUUUUACAAGACUGGCAACACCUCUAUUACCCAUCGAAAUUUGAAAAAAAGUGACGUUUUGUAUAUUUUGGACGUUUAAUAUAAAACAAUUGUUGUAACGUAAACACUACCACUAAAGUUUGGCAUCUAUUCUUUAUACACGCUUUUGUAUUAACAAAAUGAAAGGUAAUUAAGACGUUGCCAGUUGUACAAUAGCUCGACUCGAUCACUAUGCCUACAAUCAAUGCGUAUAGGCAUAGCUGUCUAGUAGAAACUUGAUCUACUUAAAUAUUUUAUUAUUAAUAAACAAAUUUAUACAAAAAAGAACAAACUCAGACAAAAGCUCUCUAUUUUGUGUAGUUAAAUUAUCAGAGACUUUUCGAUUGUUUUUUUUUAUUAUUGAUUAUAAAAUUCAAUUUGGACUCAAAUAUAUCUGUUAGGUAUUUUAUAACAAGUUUGUCGAAAUAACUUUUAUAUUCUGAAGUGGGUAUUAUAAAGUAGUAUUGCUAGGUAUACGUCGAAUAAACCUCGAAAUUGUAUUACGAAAUAUUAUUGAGUAGGUCGUGUCACGAUGCUUUGUAUGUGUGCCAUGAAGUUACGAUAUACUCAGCUUGAUCGUGAAAACGCAACAAAUAAAUUAUGGCCCAUGUCUGUAAGACCUAAGUCUCUUUCAUUUGAGCUUUAUUAUGUGUAUAAGGAAAUAGCAUAUUAGGAAUAAUUUCAAAUGUAUAAAAAGCACGUUACGAUGGUUGUAAGCACUUCAAAAUUAUUGAUAAUUUGAGCUAAAGAGAAUUUAUUGACGCAUAACACUGAAAUAAAAUCUAUGUGUUAUAAGAUUACAUUUGUAUCUAUCUGUAUAUACAUGUUCAAUGGAAAUUGAAAUAUAAUUUCAAAAAAUCAAUUUUUAAUGCGGUGAUUACAACUAAGAUUAAAACUUAGUUCUUACAAAUAUGUGAUGUAAAUUCUUUUCAAAAUGCAAUAUAUUUGAUCUUAUUAUAAAUAAUAUAUAUAUAUUAGGGAGUCUCUACAUACAUAGGUAUUUGUUUUCAAUUUAGUUGAUUUUUUUAAAAAAUAUCUCGAAGGUGUCAGGGUUGAAUGAAAAGACGCUCAAAUAAAACCAGUUGCAGUAAAUGUCGUCGUUAAUGUGAUUCUAAUGGCGACAAAAUACAUUCCUGUAAAUAAAUAUUAUUAGUAUUAUGUUUAUAGCACGAAUUAAUAGAAUAGUUUCUUAUAACCUAAAUUAAUUUAGCAGAAACUCGUUCGCUAUUUAUAAUAGUUUAUAGAAGAGACCAUUUACGUUUUUCUUUGUGCAUUUUUUUUCUACCUCACUUAAACCGGUAGAC